AUGGGAGAAGCUUGCAGGUUUCUGCGGGACAGGACUUGGAUAGCUGGGGCUUCGAUUCGGAUCGAGCGAGCUUUGAAAUCACCUGGUCCGGAUCCUCCCAUCCAUAGAACAUCUGAACCAGUCGUUCAUGAUGAAGCCAGCAAGAGUAAGCGCCAGCGCCCUCGUGACAUGUCUCUGGCUGACCCUCCUCAUACCAUGGAAAUCGCGCAGAUCCUGAUAUCGUUGCUCCACGCUUGGGGUCUAGACCCCGACUUGGAUAGAGUCUGCGAAUCUAAGCUCGGGCUUUUAAGACCUAUGGUCCCAGUGUGCUUCGGUGUGGUCUCUCGUCAUGGUCACAUGGCCGUUCAACUACCCACUUGGCUCGGUAGUUGGGCUGAGGCCUGCGCAUCAGUUCCUGAUGAUCCUCUUCUUAUCACCUCCGAUUUACCACCUGAAUUGGUGAGGCAGGAAAAACUAACCAGACUCUUCACCUCAAAACUACACUGGGAGCUAAGCACGACCCUGACUACUAACCACCUUCUGUCCAUCGUGGCGCUCGCCAAUACACUUAUGUCCAUGAGCAAUGCCAGCUUCGUGCCGGAGCAGGAAGUCAUAAGAAGGCUCCACAGACCUUCAACCCGAAGUUCUUCAUCCUGGGCAGCAGAUGAAGAGAGAGAAGAACAAUUAGCCGCUCAACAGGCUCACAUCAAGCAGGGCUGGUCACUUCUGGCAACGCUACAUUGCGUUUUGCUGCCCGAUAAAGUUGUGACCGCAGGUGCGAAGAGCUUCAAGCGUCCCCAAGUGGAGAUGCUUGCCCGCCGCUGGCAACAUCAUUGUCUUGAAGUUAGGGAAGCUGCGCAGGCUUUGUUACUUGCUGAACUGGGCAGGUUAGGCCCGAAAGGACGCAAGAGUCUGGUUGACAACUGGGCUCAGUUCUUGCCUCUCUACACUCACACGGAAAGCAUUAACCCUCACGCCGCACCAAAGGAUCCAGUUGAAAAGCAAGAAGAAGAGUUCGAGGAAGAAGAGGAGGAAAUAGUGCGCAAGCCGUCUUCUCUUGCCGAGCUAAAGCGGAAGCAGACCACAGCAGUUGUUUUGCUAGGAGUCAUUGGUGCUGAGUUUGGACAAGACAUUACCAGCGAAGGCGCGGCGGGCAACAAGAGACGCAAAGAUGGAGACAGCAGAAAGAGUUCCGUUGUUGAAGGUUUCACUCUAAGCUCGUCAAAUAACCUGGCCCGUCUAACGGCACUAGCGCUCACCCAUCUACUUCUGAGCCCCGCUUGCCCACGCUUACCUGCAGCGACUCCGCUCCGCCGUGCCGCAGUCGACUUACUGGGCCGUGGUUUCACAGUCUGGGAGCCUUAUUUGGAUGUUAGCCAUGUUUUACUAGGGCUGCUAGAAAUGUGCUGCGAUGCUGACAAACUAGUUCCGUCAAUGACGUAUGGUCUGCCGCUGACCCCCCAGGCUGACUCUUGCCGCACCGCUCGACAUGCGCUCACUCUCAUCGCUACUGCCAGGCCGGGCGCGUUCAUCACGACGAUGGCGCGCGAGGUGGCGCGGUGCGCGGCGGCGGCGGCGGCGGGGCAGGCCUCGCCCGCCGCGCACGCGCUGCACAAGGGCCGCGCCGAGGUGCUGCGCGGCAUCGAGCUGCUCAUCGACCGCAUGCACAACGAGGUCGCCGAGCUGCUGGUCGAGGUGAUGGACAUAAUCCUGCACUGCGUUGACCAGUCCCACUUGAAGAGCAAGGGUUUGAACGAGGUGUUCCCAGCAAUCUGUAGAUACAACCAGGUGUCCCACUGUCCUGCUACCAGGAGGAUCGCAGUGGGCAGCCACACGGGGCAGCUGGCCAUGUACGAGCUGCGCGCGGGGCGCUGCCAGUCGCUGGCGGCGCACAGCGGGCCCGUCACGGCCUGCGCCUUCAGCCCCGACGGCCGCUACCUCGUGUCCUACGCCACCGCCGACAACCGCCUCUCCUUCUGGCAGAGCACCGCCGGAAUGUUCGGGUUAGGUGCAGCCCAGACACGCUGCGUAAAGUGCUACAGCACGGCUCCCAUGGCGGACGUGGCGAGGCUAAAUCCCGCGCGUCUAGCUCGGCUUGUAUGGACCAACUCCAGAACCGUCACCCUCAUGCUGGCAGACGGCUCUGAGACUAGGUUCAACGUUUAA